AUGCCGACGGGUCCACUCCUGUGUCGACUGCACGUGCCUUCGCGCUCCUGCCUCUGCGGGUCUAUUACAGACCGACGGGACUUCUACACCCAGGCCAAGGUUUCCCUGGAAAGGUCAUUGACGAAUGCGUGUGGGCCGGCUGUGCCACUUGCUGCCUUGCUUGACACCACUGCUGCGCAGGAGCUUCUUUCACGUGGCCGUCAUGAUGUCGUUGAUCCUGACCUGUAUGCCGGGGUUCUGGAUUUCCCGCUGGACCAAACUCUGCCUGAAGGCCGACCCGUCCUACAGCAGACUUCGAAGAACAGGGCUGCCCUGUUAGCAGCGUUUGUCAACUGGCUGUGCGAGGCAGGUUUCGAAGAGAGGGCUGUACACGAGUGGCCUGCAGAGGAGCUCUCGAAGGCGCUCGCGAAGUUCGGUCGGGAACUUUUCGAGGCUGGUUAUCCCUACUGGCACCUCUCUGAGACGAUAAACGCUCUGGCAGCAAAGCGGCCAGCCAUCAGGAGACAACUUCAAGGUGCCUGGGAUGUUGCCUUCGCUUGGAUGUCUUUGGAGCCUCACACCCACCACGUCGCGAUGCCUGCCAUUGUCCUCCUCGCGGUUCUCUCUGUGUCCCUUCUUUGGGGAUGGAGAACUGAAGCCGGACCGAGUAGCAGGCUCUGGCCGUAUUCGGCUCAGACGCUCAGGAGGCGUCUGGACACGAUUCUAGAGGCUCUGCUCAUUCCGACGGCCAGGAAUGAGGAGAGACCUCUAGAUCGUUCCUUCAGACCCGGUGGCGCCACCUAUUUGCUUCAAGCGACAGAGGAUGCCGAGCUCGUCCGUCGCCGGGGCCGUUGGGUGAGCCACAAAGUCAUGGACUUUUUUUUGACUUUGCAGCGCUGCUCGGAGUCCGAACGUAGCGAGUCGCAGGACAUGCGUAUUGCACGGCGUUCAGGAGGAACGCUCACUUUGUGA